GAUUAAAAGGGACAAAAAUCCCUCAAUAUUGCAAAACUAACCCUUUACUUAUUUAGGUCUCAAAAAUGACCCAAUUCGGACAAAAAUACCCCCUCACCCCCUCAGUUAUCUCUUUUAGCCCUUUUUCCCUCCAACUCCAAUUUUCUCUUGUAUUGUGUCUCUUCGUUACCCUGCAAACCCAUUUGUUCCAUCUGUUAACCUGCGAGAAAGAAAUCACGAAGGAUUUUUCCGUUUAUUGCAAGAGAACAAAAAGACAACACAAUACAAAGAAAAAACAGAAAGUAAGUUUCACUGUUUCAUUCUUUGAUUUUGGUUUUUCGAACUGUAUAUAUGAAUCUUCAUCCAUGAAAUGAGAAGAAACCCUAAGUGUCUUAUUUUGGUUCUUAUUUUUUUCUUUUAAUCAAACUCGAUUUUUCAUCUUUCUGAUAUUGUGUGUUGAUUCAGUUCAUGAAAAUGGAGGAAGAAAAAAAUUCUGUGAUGAAAAAUACGAAACAGAAGAGGUAUAAAAUUUUGGGAAAAAAGAGAAGUGAAAGAAAGCCAGGUUUUGAAACCUCUUCAUCGUCAUCAGAAAAUGAGAAGAAAUCAACUGAUUCAAUUGACAUUCCUCCUCCUCUCCUAUCUUUUAUAUCUAAAAUAUCUAAAGAGGAGUACUUUCCUGGAAAAAUUGCAUGUUUGUCUCACUUGGUAGCCAUUGAAAAUAUUAAGAAGAAAUUGACUGAACCACAAUUGGAGAUGUUUAGAAAAUCAUGUUUUGGUCAUUUUUUACUCCUUCCCGAACUUAGAUUUUCAGCCCAAAUUGUUCAUCAAUUGUUGUUACGUCAAUGUGAAACCAAAAAAGACAAUGAAAUAUGGAUUUUAUUAAAGUCAAAGGGCUUAAGAUUUAGUAAAGAAGAGUUUGCAUUGAUUACGGGCUUGAGUUUUGGUCCUAUUACAAAAUGUGAUAAAAAAUCAUUACGAAUAAGGGACACAUACUUUAAAGGAGAAAACAAGGUGCGUAAUGAUGAGUUGGAGAAAGUUUUUCUUUCUUUAGGAGAGGAAAAGAAAAAGAAAAAGAAUAAGAAAAAUAAAAAAAAAAGGAUUUGAAGAUGAAGAGGUGAUAAAGUUGGCACUUUUGUAUUUUUUAGAGCAUGUUUUAUUUGGGAAAGAAGGAAAAAAUUUGAUAGAUAUGGAAUGGGUUGCUUUGGUUGAUAAUUUGGAGGGUUUUAACAAGUAUCCAUGGGGGGGGAUUUGUUAUGAGAGGACACUAUUUGGUUUGCAAAGAGCUUUGGAGAACCGGGUAUCCAAAUACCAAGAUAAAAAGAAAACAAAGGGAGAAGCUGCAGUUGAAGCAUAUAGUCUUGUUGGAUUUCCAUAUGCAUUCCAGGUUUGGGCAUACGAGGCUAUUCCACUUAUUGGAUUGAAAUAUGCCACUCGUGUAUCUGAGAGGUAUCCUCGAAUAUUAAAUUGGAGUGCAACAAGUGCUCCAAGGUCUACUGAGGUUGAAAAUGUAUUUCUAGAGCCUCAUUUAACUUUUCAUUCGCUUCUAACACCCACUUUAGAGGAGCAACAACAAGACUAUUACAAGCAUGUAGAUAAACAAGGAGCUUCAGCAGAAAUGUUGCACCAAUCAAAUGCCUCACAAGAUGCCAAGAAUGAUGACUUAAGGCAUGAAAAAAGCUCAUCUGACACUGCUGCAUAUGUUGCUGCUGCUACUGCUGCAAUGGCAGAAGAAACAACAAAUGAUGCAAUCACCCCAUCAAUAGAGGUUAAGAGUUCGAAUGAGGAACACGGUAUGCAUGACACUAGAUUCAAAAAAUCUAGUACAAAAGAAAAUGAUAACAAUAUGGGCUUUGAUUUCCAGACUGGAAUUUUUGAGGAUGUUACAGAUGAUGAAGUGGAGAGAAAUGACAUUCCCAUGGAUGUGAACAUUGAUAUGGAAGCUUCUAGAAACCUUCAGCUUGCAGAAAAACACAUGACUAAAGAGUUGAAAGAUGACUACUCUAUUGAUGAUCCAGUUAUUGAUAUUGCCAAGUUGUUUGGUACCCCAACUAUGUCGGGCGAGUUUUCAGUAUAUGUCAUACCUCACCAUCUAUCUCCUGCCAUUUUUAAGCGAAGGCGUGAGAUUAAAAAGUCUCAUAUCUUACAGCACCCUUUUACAGAUCCCACCAAGAGAAAGAAACUAAGAAAAGAGAUUGAGAAACCAUUAACUUCAUUUGAUCCUUUGCAUCCAAUCUCUGGAGAAGCAUUAGAGUCCUUUCAAAAGUGGAUGAGUGAUGACCAAGGGUCCACAAUUGACAUUGACUACAUGCAUAUAGAUAAAAAAUGGUUUCAAUCACUGUCUAAUCAUGGUUCAUGGCUUGCUGACACGCACAUUGAUGUUGCCUUCUUCUUUUUCCGGAAGCGGCGAAUAGAAAAUCCUCAUCUUUUUUCCCAAAAGUUUACCACAGUGGAUACUAUGUUUUGGCAAAAUGCUCAAGCAAGAUGGAUUAAUCAUGGCAAGAAGUGGAACCAAUUCAAAUUACUAGAGAAUGACAUCCUUAUUGAUUAUGCCAAUGGUUUGCAGCCUCUUUAUUCUGUCAAAUGGCCUGAUGUUGACAUUGUGUAUGUCCCUAUCAAUGUUCGGGCUAGUCACUGGGUAUUAGGAGUUGUCCACCUUCAUCGAAGGAUUAUAUACGUAUAUGACUCAUUGAUGGGCAUCAAUAAUAAUGCAAGAUUGCAAGUUGCCAUUAAACCAUUAGCCAAAUUGUUGCCUCAUAUAUUGAAUGCAAUAGCAUAUUAUGGUUUUCAUGGUGACACAAAAGUUAACUACCAAGAAUGGGAAAUUGAACGGCUGCAAGAUAUUCCUCAACAGGAAAAUGAUGGUGAUUGUGGCAUGUUUGUUAUCAAAUAUGCUGAAUACUUAAUGCACAACCAUCCAUUGAAGUCAUUAACAAGUGCACGAAUGGACUGGUUUCGGGAAAAGAUGGCAGCAGAGUUAUUUUAUAUGAAAUACUUGCCUAUGUAAUGAAUUCAUGUUGAUAUUUCACAUUUUGAUAAUGUAGUUGGAUGGUUUGUUAUAUGUAAUUGGAUAGCUUCAUAUAUGUAGUUAGGCAUUUUGAUAAAUGUAGUUGGACAGGUUGAUAUAUCUACUUGGAUAUUUUGAUGAAUGUUGUUCGAUAGUUAUGUAUACAAUUGACCUUUUAAACUAAA